AGCAAGGAGGAUAAGUACUUUAUAAACGAUCACUUGAGCUUUAGAAUCAUGUUUGUUAGAGAUCAUGAGACUGACUCUGCUCAAAUUGUCAGAGGGGAAAGGAGAGGGUCUACUUUGAGCAUGGCUAAGGCACUUUGUGAGCUUCAGUUGGAAUUGCACCAGCAGUCUUCAAGUUUUGAGGUUGUUGAAGUUGGAAGAAAAACAUGAUGCAGGACUAUAGUAGAAGCUAAGGGUGUGGAUUUCAUAAUUAUUGAACCCUCCCUCCAUUCAACGAGGGUUAGGUGAAAAGGAUGCUGUGUUUGUCAGACAGUGAGGAGAAGAAGGUGAAUGAGUUUCAGAAGAUUGUUGAAGCAGUUGGAGUAAAAGAAUCAGAAUGCUUGAGGAGGUUCAGUGGGAGGGUGUUCAGAUCCCCUACUUUGUUUGAGAAUAUGGUCAAAUGCAUUCUCCUUUGUAGCUACCAAUAUGUCACAUCUAUACCUCUCUCUCUUAUUAGUGUACUGCAUAUUUCUUAAUCAGUCAUUGAAUAAUCAUCCUUGGCAUGG